CAGGGAGGGGGCGCUGGGAGGGGGCGCGGGGCGGCACCGGGACUGCGGGCCCCUCGGCGGGGGCGCCUGGGCGGGCGCAUGGCAGGCCCGGUGCCGUGAUCCCGGAGGCGAGAGGAGCGCGCAGUUUGCACGAGUCCCGGGCCGAUGUCCCAGGUGAGCGGCCAGCACGCCCCUCGCUGCGACGCUCCCCAUGCAGCCCCCAGCGCAGCCCCUGGCCCAGCCCAGACCCCAUCGCCCCCGCCUGGGCUGGAGGCAGGAACAGGACCCACUGCCUCUGUGGAGGCGGUGCUAGAAGAGGGGUCCCUGGAGGAGGAGGCACCCCCCAUGCCUCAAGGCAAUGGCCCUGGGGCCCCCCAGGCCCUGGACAGCACUGACCUCCACGUCCCCACGGAAGCUGUGACACGCCAGCCACAGGGGAACCCCUUGGGCUGCACCCCACUACUGGCGAAUGGCUCCGGCCACCCCUUGGAGCUGGGCAGCGCCAGGCGGGCGGGGAACGGCGCCCUGGGUGGCCCCAAGGCCCACCGGAAGCUGCAGGCCCACCCAUCUCUCGCCAGCCAGGGCAGCAAGAAGAGCAAGGGCAGCACCAAGUCCGCCGCCUCCCAGAUCCCUCUGCAGGCACAGGAGGACUGCUGCGUGCACUGCAUCCUGUCCUGCCUGUUCUGCGAGUUCCUGACGCUGUGCAACAUCGUCCUGGACUGCGCCACGUGCGGCUCCUGCAGCUCCGAGGACUCGUGCCUCUGCUGCUGCUGCUGCGGCUCCGGCGAGUGCGCCGACUGCGACCUGCCCUGCGACCUGGACUGCGGCAUCCUGGACGCCUGCUGCGAGUCCGCCGACUGCCUGGAGAUCUGCAUGGAGUGCUGCGGGCUCUGCUUCUCCUCCUGACCGGCCCCCUCCCUCCUCCCUGCCCGCCAGGGGGCGCCCCGGGGACCUGGCGGCGGGGUUUGGGGGGACCGGCUGGGGACGGGGGCGCGGAACACUGUGAACGUCGGGGGAGGGCAGGGGCGCAGGGGGCGGGCUGUGCGCCCCUCUGCCCCUCCCUGCCCCCCGGCACCCGCCUCCCGCUGCGCCCAGGCUGAGAGCGCAGCAAAAUGUGAAAAGAGGCGCCCACCGCCCUCAGCCAGCCCUCCCUCCCCUUUCCUGGGCGGUGGGGUGGGGGUGGGGUGGGGUGGGGUGGGGUGACCCAUACAGUGACCCCAGCGUGCAGAGCUGGGCUCGGUCGGGGCGGGCGGGAGGGGGAGGGUAUAGGAAAGACUGGAAGGGGGGAGGGGAUGGAGGGAGGGUCUGUGCCAUGUGUCGCUGUAAAUAAAGGUAUUUGUCAUCUCC